ACAACACAACAGCCGCAUCCGCAAUCGCCAAAGGUCCCUCCUUUAUUUUUAUCCUCUUCUCUUUCUCUCUCUCUUUCUCUCUCUCGGAGAGGAGUGGAAAGAAUCGGGAACGAACCUUCACAGAGAAUAUCCACGCCCCAGCCCCAGGAGGAGGAGCCACCCUCUCCCCUCUUCUUCUACUCGUCUUCUCCGCGCUCGUCGAUGAUGGGCACCCGUAAAAACCUCUCCUUUCCCUCCUCGCCCUCCUCCCUUCUUCCCCUGACCUGCCCACAUGAACGUGCGUAGGAAGCUCUCCCACCUCCUCCUCCACCGACGAUCUUCCAAGAUUCACUCCCGCGAAGACACCCCUCCUCCCCUCCCGCCUUCCCUGAACAAGAACGCCCUCCCGAUCGCCCCCUCCCCCCUCCCGGACGCGGGUAGAUUCCCAGAUCCCCCACGUCGGCAGAUUCCAGAACCCGCCGCGGAGAUUCCUCGACCGCGAAUCCUCAGCGGGCGUGCUUGGGUUGUUGCUCGGGAUUUUCUUGGUUCGUAUGGGGAUGGAUUCAAACACCAUACAAGACCCACCCACCGAGGCGUCCGAGAGCACCGAAUUGGUGGAGUACCCCCCGGUGACCUGCUCCCGGAUCAAGCUGCGGGACGGCCGUGUCCUGGCCUACACCGAGCGGGGCGUCCCCAAGAACAGAUCCAACUACAAGAUCAUCAUCGUCCACGGAUUCGGCAGCUCCAAGGAGAUGAGUUUCCCGGUGUCCCGGGAACUCAUAGAAAAGUUGGGCAUAUAUAUAGUUCUUUAUGAUCGAGCUGGUUAUGGUGACAGCGACAUGAACUCCAACCGUACGGUGAAGAGUGAAGCCCUUGAUAUCCAAGAGCUUGCUGAGCGGUUGCAAUUGGGGUCCAAAUUUUAUGUGAUUGGUGUCUCAAUGGGAUCAUAUCCCACAUGGAGUUGCCUCAAGUAUAUACCAGACAGGUUAGCUGGUGUGGCCUUAGUGGUCCCAACAGUCAAUUAUCGUUGGCCUUCUCUUCCUGAGAGUCUGACAAAGCCAGACUACAGAAAGAGGCUCAUCCGGUGGUCACUCCGGAUCGCAAGCCAUGCCCCUGGAUUGCUUCAGUGGUGGGUGACUCAAAAAUGGCACCCUUCAGAUGGAGACCCAACCCUUUUCAACCAACGAGACAUUGAAGUCCUGAAGACGACGCCAGGCUUCCCCAUGUUCACCCCGGAAAAUUUACGACGACGAAAAGUAUUUGAAACUCUCAGAAGUGACUUUAAAGUGGGUUUUGGCAAAUGGGAAUUUGACCCGAUGGAUCUAAGCGAUCCAUUUCCAAAAGGCGGAAGCUCUGUACAUAUUUGGCAAGGGUGUGAAGAUAAGGUUGUGCCUUUUCAGCUUCAAAGAUUUGUUUCCAGAAAGCUUCCCUGGAUAAAGUAUCAUGAAAUUCCUGAUGGAGGGCAUUUGCUUGUGCAUUACAAUGGCGUGUGUGACGCCAUUGUAAAGGCCCUCUUGAUUGGAGAAGAACCAGUUUCAUGACAAGGUGGUCAUGUUUGUACAUUAUUCAUGGCACCAACGAACCUCUGUGAUUCAAAUUGUUCAUUUGCUAAAAGUAAAUUGAUUGCAGAAUAUCUUGCUAGUCAUUUCUCACUAGAUAUAUUCUGUGAUUAACAGGGUUCUGACCUGCGUGUUGCUAAUUAGUUUCUUUCCCUAAUAUCUUUCCGUUAAUAGACAGCAGAUUUGCUUGCCCCUUCUUGUAAGUACUGGCUGGAUGCACUUAACUAUGCUCGUUCCAUAUUCUGAA